UUUCUGCACCACUCAUCAAAACUCUGCGGCAUGCAGACAAGAGCAGGGGGGAGGGCAGAUACUAGAUAUAUCCUGAGUGUAGUAGUAACACCACCUCUCACCAUUUGCAUCCAUUUUAUGUUUUUAGAUAGGCUAUUGUAGAAGAAGCUGAAGCAGAAUUAGAUUUUGUUGAACUUCCUUUCGCAUUCAUUUGUAACUCCAGAUUCCUUUUGCGUUUCUGUUGUCCAACAUUUGAAACGCUCUCUGUUAUCUAGCCGAUCGUUAUUUUUAUUACAAGAACACAGCUUUCCUCGUUGAGAAUAAACCAGAACCCCAUCAGACAAGAUGGCAAAGGAUGCAGAGAAGGGCACAUGGAAGGAGUUUAUAUGGAACCCGCGGACCCGGGAGUUGCUGGGCAGGACUGCGAGUAGCUGGGGUCUCAUCCUCCUCUUCUACCUUGUGUUCUACAUCUUCCUGGCCGGUAUGUUUGCGCUCACCAUGUACGUGAUGCUGCAGACCUUGGACGACCACAAACCCACCUGGCAGGAUCGACUCGCCACACCAGGCAUGAUGAUCCGGCCAAAAGGGGUGGAGGCUUUGGAGAUCAUCUACAACACCCACGAUACAGAGAGCUGGGACCUGUACGCACAGGCCCUCGACAAGUUCCUUGGACCCUACAACAACUCCGUCCAGUCCCAGAAGAACGACGUGUGCGACCCGGACCAGUACAACUUCCAAAACGACAUGGACGAGGUGAAGAACAACCCCAAGCGCUCCUGUCAGUUCAACCGCACCCUGCUGGAAGACUGUUCUGGAAUCCAGGACCGUUACUAUGGAUACCAGGAAGGAACGCCAUGCAUCAUCAUCAAGCUCAAUCGGGUAAUCGGGCUCCUACCAGGCAAGGACGGCAUGGCGCCGUCCGUCAAAUGUGGAGCUAAGAGAGAAGACAAUGAUAAGAUCGGAGAGGUGCAGUACUUCCCCCCCAACGGCACUUUCAACCUCAUGUACUACCCUUACUACGGCAAGAAAGCUCAGGUGAACUACUCUCAGCCACUGGUGGCCAUCAAGUUCCUCAACAUCACCACCAACGAAGACGUUAACAUUGAGUGCAAGAUCAUCUCAAACAACAUCCCUGUAGGGAGUGACAGAGACAAGUUCGCUGGAAGGGUGUCCUUCAAGUUGAGGAUCAACACUGUCACUGUCUAGGUCCACCGUUUCCUCUCUCUCUUUAUCCCUCCCUCGCUCUUACCUCUCUAUCCUUCGCUCUCUCUUUUUCCUGAGAAUGCCCCUCUAAUUCCACCCCCCUCUGCAACA